ACUCAUUCUCUUCUCUCUAAGGUCCCUUGCAUUUUGUAGCCGACGCGUCAAGUCAAUGUAUAUCCUGUCUCUUGGGUUGUCCGAGCAAGUUUUGGCCAUCAGAGAUGUACCACAUGCCCUGUCUUCUCACUGAUUUCUCCAACACUGGCUUACACCAACACCAGCACUUCGCCGACUACGUAUGCCCAUUUCUUGGGUGCCGCUAGCGCUUGUCUUGCAUUUUGACCACUUGGGCCAGAACCAUCAUUACUGUCAAUAUCCGCGUUCUCUUGUUGAACAAUUCUAUGGUCGUAACCAGGUGCAGCAUUUGGCAAUGUCAAUGCUAGAUCGCUUCCACAUGAAUUCCUCCCAAGUCCACAUGGUCUCCUCUCAAUGUCACACCUACGAGGACUAUUGCUUAUUUCCUCACCCGCCUCACAUUACCCGAUUAAUACUCUGCGCCCGCAUUUCUUCCCCACCUAUCCAAACACAUCCUAGACUGGCGGGUUUGCACAGUGCAUACUUCCCGAUCUGUCACCCAAUGACGCGACCCAUUGCGAGGCUUGGCCUGGCCUCUGAUACUUCCGUCGAGGAUUAUUCUCUCUCACUCCACACCGUCUUUCAUACCACAUUCCUUCGACUUUCCUUAGAACCUUCGCAAAGUUCGGUAUCUAUUGUGACUGUGUCUUCCUGCCAUCUGCAUCGAGGGAAUAAAUGCGGCUGAUGUCGCAUGAGCAAUUUAAGAGUCGCUUCCCAAGUUCUAACCAGAGGUCUUCAUGCGCAUUCGCUGUCUUCUUCGAAACUUUUGUAAUCGUUCCGCCAUACCGCCACUCUAGUCUGUUCUCCUCAGAAGCUCCGCGUAUUCUCCCUUGUGAUGUCUUGCCUCAAUGAACACCCGAUUUGUGUUCAUUGGCUGGCUCUUGCUCCCAAUUGUAGAUCGGUGCGUUCCUACAAUCAUCGUGUACGCAAAUAUCCAGCCAUCUUUCUCGAUGCCAUCCCCUUCAUAACC